CCUUUACAUUCAGCGCCAUUUUCAAAGUAAACAAACAAAUCGUGAUCCGAAAUCUGACAAUCAUGGUGUGGUUCUUUGAACGAGAGUCCAAGAAGCUUCGGCUACGUAAUGAAGGAAAUGACCGUGGUGAAGUGGUGAACAUUUCAGCAGGCAAGAAGCUGUCAUUUAUUGACGUUUUGAUGGUGUUGCUGAGUGUAAGAAAACAUCAUGCAUCGGUCUUUCAGGUGUGCAUGACAAGAUUAUGAAGGACCAUUUUAUAGGAAAAAUUGAUGUCCAUGUGAAAAACUUGAUCCCGCCGCAUCCUUCAAGAGCAGUGCGUGUAAUCAACCAUGAUCAUGUCAGCUUUUUGACGGAUUCCUUUGUAUCGAACCCCAUUGGGCAGAUUGUAACGCUUGUUGGAAUGGUGGGCCCAGAAGAUGACAUCAGCCAUUUAGAUCGUGAAGGUGGAAGCAAGGUUGAAGUCCUGGGUGGCAACCACACGCGGGAGGCGCUGCUGACCCUGCAUGCUCGUGGGACCCUGGACAGGGAGACAGUGCAGGUGAACCUGUACAGGGAACUGCCCCAGACAACAGCCCUGUCCAUAGGAUUCCAGCACAAUGCGGUGCUUCAAGAGGGUCGAAAGCAACUAACAUUCCUGGACAAAGUGCGGCUCAUGCGACAUUGCCGUCCGUCGGACCAUAUGACGAAGAGGCAGAUUAAUGAGUGGAAGGAUGGUCUGGUCGUUGUAUUCAGGAGCAAGCGCGGGAAGACCUCAGCCGAGGAUAGAAGGCGCCUGUCAGCUGGCUACCAACAACAUUUGAACCUAGCCCAGCUUCCUGAAGAUGUCUGGUCCAUGUUUGUGCAGGCCAGUGACAAAAAUGAAAAUCUGUCAGAGAAGUUUUUCCGACCGCUCAUGAGAAUAAACAGCAUGGAACUCAUACGAAAAUGUCUGACAACUCUACUCCAUACUGGACAGAAGGAGUUCAGAAAACACGUAAAGAGCUACAUUGAUGAGGGUUAUGUUAAAAGUAACAAAAAUGUUGUCAGCGAAGACCUUCAGGUGCUUGUUGAAGUGGACAACAACACUAAGGAAGUGAGCAGCGAAGAUGAAAUCGCACAGAGUGAUGACAAUGAGCAGUACAAAGAAAAGUACUUCACUCUUAAGGAGGACCAUGAAAAGAUUCUGUUGAAGCAUGCUCAGCUGCUGACUAAGUACCAGCAGGUUCAAAAGCAACUUGAUGAGAUAAAGGCUGGUAAGGAAGGUUAG